AUGGUAUCCCUCCGGGGCCUACCUUCGGCCUCACUUUUUCUUCGAUAUGGAUCUUUCUUCUCGCGAUACACGCCCAUUCACCGUCGAUUAUUAGGAGGACCCUGCGUCGCUGGGGGAGCCUCUCAGAUUCGAUCCGUCUUCCGCGGAGCUCUCGCUACUACAAGUGUUACCGAUACAAAAAAUGCGUCGAAGUUACCCCAGCGCUACUCACGACCUAUCAAUAGCGAGAUCGAGGCCGAUAUCAUCCAGAUCGUAAACCCAGAUGGACAGCUUGAUCUGCCGACACGGAAGUCGAAUAUACUUCUUUCUAUGCGACGCAGCGAACAAGUUCUUGUCCAACUAGACCCUGGGUCUAUCCAUCGGCCCGCCGUGUGCAAGCUUAUGUCGUUAAACGAGUUUCGGGAGCAGGAGCGAACAAAAGAGAAGGCCUCAAGGAUGGCCAAGCACACGGCGAAAACAUCAACCAAACAGAUUGAGCUGAACUGGUCUAUUGAUCUACACGAUCUCUCACAUCGUUUGAAGAAGAUAUCUUCUUUUAUUGAUAAAGGCCGGACAGUGGAAAUUAUUUUGACAAGAAAAAGGGGGAAACGUAUGGCUACGGCCGAAGACAUCAAACAACUGAUGGACCGCAUUAGAGCUGCCAUUGAGGAAGCCAACGCGCACCAGGCAAAACCAAUGGAUGGGGAAAUUGGGAAAACACUCACUAUCACCAUUGAAAAGAAAAAUUGA